UGUCCAAAACUCACCCAGCAAAGUCGCACGGGAAGGCGAGGAGAAAAGUCGACAAAAGUCCCAAUUUUGUCCAAAAUACCUACCCGGGUUCGAGUCCCACAAGUCCCGCUGCCGGCCGCGCAAGUCCGGGAUGCCCAAAAUGUCUAAAACGCGCCCAGCAAAGUCGCACGGGAAGGGGGGGAGAAAAGUGGGCAAAAGUCCCAAAAAUGUUCAAAAUACCUACCCAGGUUCGAGUCCCAAAAGUCCCGCCGCCGGCCGCGCAAGUCCCAGAAUGCCCAAAAUGUCCAAAACGCACCCAGCCGAGUCCCACGGGAAGGCGGGGAGAAAAGUAAGAAAAGUCGGCAAAAGUCCUAGUUUUGUCCAAAAUACCUACCUGGGUUUGAGUCCCACUAGUCCCGCCGUCUGCCGUGCAAGUCCGGGAUACCCAAAAUGUCCAAAACGCGCCCAGCAAAGUUGCACGGGAAGGUGGGGAGAAAAGUGGGGAAAGUUGGCAAAAGUCAGAAAAAUGUUAAAAAAAUCACACCCGGGUUCGAGUCCCACAAGUCCCGCCGCCGGCCGCGCAAGUCCCGGGAUGCCCAAAAUGUCCAAAACUCACCCAGCCAAGUCCCACGGGAAGGCGAGGAGAAAAGUCGGCAAAAGUCCCAAUUUUGUCCAAAAUACCUACCCGGGUUCGAGUCCCACAAGUCCCACUGCCGGCCGCGCAAGUCCGGGAUGCCCAAAAUGUCCAAAACGCGCCCAGCAAAGUCGCACGGGAAGGUGGGGAGAAAAGUGGGGAAAGUUGGCAAAAGUCAGAAAAAUGUUCAAAAAUCACACCCGGGUUCGAGUCCCACAAGUCCCGCCGCCGGCCGCGCAAGUCCCAGGAUGCCCAAAAUGUCCAAAACGCGCCCAGCAAAAUCGCACGGGAAGGGGGGGAGAAAAGUGGGCAAAAGUCCCAAAAAUGUUCAAAAUACCUACCCAGGUUCGAGUCCCAAAAGUCCCGCCGCCGGCCGCGCAAGUCCCAGAAUGCCCAAAAUGUCCAAAACGCACCCAGCCGAGUCCCACGGGAAGGCGGGUAGAAAAGUAACAAAAGUCGGCAAAAGUCCUAGUUUUGUCCAAAAUACCUACCUGGGUUUGAGUCCCACUAGUCCCGCCGUCUGCCGUGCAAGUCCGGGAUGCCCAAAAUGUCCAAAACGCGCCCAGCAAAGUCGCACGGGAAGGCGAGGAGAAAAGUCGGCAAAAGUCCCAAUUUUGUCCAAAAUACCUACCCGGGUUCGAGUCCCACAAGUCCCGCUGCCGGCCGCGCAAGUCCGGGAUGCCCAAAAUGUCUAAAACGCGCCCAGCAAAGUCGCACGGGAAGGCGGGGAGAAAAGUAAGAAAAGUCGGCAAAAGUCCUAGUUUUGUCCAAAAUACCUACCUGGGUUUGAGUCCCACUAGUCCCGCCGUCUGCCGUGCACGUCCGGGAUGCCCAAAAUGUCCAAAACGCGCCCAGCAAAGUUGCACGGGAAGGUGGGGAGAAAAGUGGGGAAAGUUGGCAAAAGUCAGAAAAAUUUUCAAAAAUCACACACGGGUUCGAGUCCCACAAGUCCCGCCGCCGGCCGCGCAAGUCCCGGGAUGCCCAAAAUGUCCAAAACUCACCCAGCCAAGUCCCACGGGAAGGCGAGGAGAAAAGUCGGCAAAAGUCCCAAUUUUGUCCAAAAUACCUACCCGGGUUCGAGUCCCACAAGUGCCGCUGCCGGCCGCGCAAGUCCGGGAUGCCCAAAAUGUCCAAAACGCGCCCAGCAAAGUCGCACGGGAAGGUGGGGAGAAAAGUGGGCAAAAGUCCCAAAAAUGUUCAAAAUACCUACCCAGGUUCGAGUCCCAAAAGUCCCGCCGCCGGCCGCGCAAGUCUCAGAAUGCCCAAAAUGUCCAAAACGCACCCAGCCGAGUCCCACGGGAAGGCGGGGAGAAAAGUAAGAAAAGUCGGCAAAAGUCCUAGUUUUGUCCAAAAUACCUACCUGGGUUUGAGUCCCACUAGUCCCGCCGUCUGCCGUGCAAGUCCGGGAUGCCCAAAAUGUCCAAAACGCGCCCAGCAAAGUUGCACGGGAAGGUGGGGAGAAAAGUGGGGAAAGUUGGCAAAAGUCAGAAAAAUUUUCAAAAAUCACACACGGGUUCGAGUCCCACAAGUCCCGCCGCCGGCCGCGCAAGUCCCGGGAUGCCCAAAAUGUCCAAAACUCACCCAGCCAAGUCCCACGGGAAGGCGAGGAGAAAAGUCGGCAAAAGUCCCAAUUUUGUCCAAAAUACCUACCCGGGUUCGAGUCCCACAAGUGCCGCUGCCGGCCGCGCAAGUCCGGGAUGCCCAAAAUGUCCAAAACGCGCCCAGCAAAGUCGCACGGGAAGGGGGGGAGAAAAGUGGGGAAAGUUGGCAAAAGUCAGAAAAAUGUUCAAAAAUCACACACGGGUUCGAGUCCCACAAGUCCCACCGCCGGCCACACAAGUCCCAGGAUGCCCAAAAUGUCCAAAACGCACCCAGCCGAGUCCCACGGGAAGGCGGGGAGAAAAGUAAGAAAAGUCGGCAAAAGUCCUAGUUUUGUCCAAAAUACCUACCUGGGUUUGAGUCCCACUAGUCCUGCCGUCUGCCGUGCAAGUCCGGGAUGCCCAAAAUGUCCAAAACGCGCCCAGCAAAGUCGCACGGGAAGGUGGGGAGAAAAGUGGGGAAAGUUGGCAAAAGUCAGAAAAAUGUUAAAAAAAUCACACCCGGGUUCGAGUCCCACAAGUCCCGCCGCCGGCCACACAAGUCCCAGGAUGCCCAAAAUGUCCAAAACGCGCCCAGCAAAGUCGCACGGGAAGGGGGGGAGAAAAGUGGGCAAAAGUCCCAAAAAUGUUCAAAAUACCUACCCAGGAUCGAGUCCCAAAAGUCCCGCCGCCGGCCGCGCAAGUCCCAGAAUGCCCAAAAUGUCCAAAAUGCACCCAGCCGAGUCCCACGGGAAGGCGGGGAGAAAAGCAAGAAAAGUCGGCAAAAGUCCUAGUUUUGUCCAAAAUACCUACCUGGGUUUGAGUCCCACUAGUCCCGCCGUCUGCCGUGCAAGUCCGGGAUGCCCAAAAUGUCCAAAACGCGCCCAGCAAAGUUGCACGGGAAGGUGGGGAGAAAA